AAACUUCUUAUCUGGAAGCUAACCAUGUAAUUAUCAUAUUCAAGUAAUGGCUAGUACAUAAUAUAACUUACCUUAUAACUAUUUGCAGCUGAAAAUAAACCAAAUGGCAACAGUUCAGAGUGCUACCAGCAUAAUCAAGUUGACGGUGGUUUUAGUUCUUGGUCAAGUUGGAGUCUAUGCUCUAACAAAUGUGGAAAUGGCCUCAGGUCACGAAGACGUUCGUGUAAUAACCCCCUGCCAAAAUAUGGUGGAAGAGAUUGUUUUGGAGAAAAGAAAGAAAUACAAGCUUGUUUUGGAAGUUGUCCAGUUUGUUCAGAUACACUGGGAAAAUGUUAUAGCGUUUUACCGUCGAUGUCAGUGUGGAACAAUGCUCGAUAUGACUGCUGGAAAAGACAUAUGCAACUUGUAUCUAUAUUUUCAAUAGAGGAAUUACGUUUCAUCAAAACUUUAUUACGAGAGAGGAGAUUUUUAGAUGGAGACACAGCAUAUAGUCUCUUCAAUGUUA